GUUAGAGGUAUGGACUUUAUUUGGUUGCUAACAAGUUUUAACACGUGUGGGGAUGGCAUCGUCCAUUAGCACAUUGUUUAAUUGGGAUUGUAAAGGCUACACUAUUGCAGUACAUGUCAUGAAAACACCACAUACUACAAUGUCCACGUGCAAAGCGGUCGUGUUGGCGGUGAUUCUUGCGCUGUGCACGGGUAUCUCGAGGUGCCAGUGUCCAUUGACAUGCCAUUGCGACGGAACUGUCGUAAGAUGCAAUGGACAACAGCUGUUUACCAUACCCCUUUCCCUACCGGACGCUACCACUACCUUGGAUUUACACAACAACUAUAUCGCAUCCAUUCCUUUGGAUGCAUUUCAAGGACGAACGAACCUUGAGGAAUUGUAUUUAUCCCACAACUUGAUAUCAUCGCUUCCUUUAGAUGCAUUUCAAGGACUGUCGAAUCUACAGAAAUUGGACCUUUUGGGCAACCAAUUACGCAACAUUUCCCGGGCGACGUUCAGGGGUUUGGCAAAACUACGCAUUCUAUCUUUAUUAUCAAAUCAACUCGAAUCCAUAGACGACGGUGCAUUUGAAGGAAUGCCAGACCUAUAUGAACUGUACCUUUAUGACAACCGAUUACGCAACAUUUCCCGGGCGACGUUCAGGGGCUUGGCAAAACUACGCGAACUGAGUUUAGCCAACAACAGGAUCGCAUCCCUUCAUGCGGAUGCAUUUCAUGGACUGUCAAACCUACAGGCACUGUCUUUAUACAACAAUUCUAUCGCAUCCCUUCCUUUGGAUUCAUUUCAAGGCCUGCCUAAUCUACAGACACUGUAUUUAUCCCACAACUUGAUAUCAUCGCUUCCUUUAGAUGCAUUUCAAGGACUGUCGAAUCUACAGAAAUUGUACCUUCAGGGCAACCGAUUACGCAACAUUUCCCGGGCGACGUUCAGGGGCUUGGCAAAACUACGCUUUCUAUAUUUAUCAUCAAAUCAACUCGAAUCCAUAGACGACGGUGCAUUUGCAGGAAUGCCAGACCUAUAUGAACUGUACCUUUGGGGCAACCGAUUACGCAACAUUUUCUGGGCGACGUUCAGGGGCUUGGCAAAACUACGCGAACUAUUUUUAUCAUCAAAUCAACUCCAAUCCAUAGACGUCGGUGCAUUUGAAGGAAUGCCAGACCUAUAUGAACUUAACCAGCGCUUUUGCCAACCAGUGACUGCACAUGCGCGAAAAAUACCGAUUGUAAACAAUAACAAUCAUCUUGUCUUAAAAUAACAUCCUCAGUGAAGCACAAUUGUGUCGGAAUAUGUGUGUGUGUGAAAUGUAUAUACAAAAACAUACAGUACAGCCAAUCCUGUCAGAAAUUUAAUAAACGAAAACAACUCACAGACAGAAAUGCAGUCAUGAAGAUGUUUUGUUUAAAAAAGUAAACUUUUCAACUUAAAUAUUAAUCCGUCAUAACCAAUUAAUUAAUAAUCAAUUAUUUUUAAUGAUUCAAAUAGACACAGAAGUAAACAGUAAUAGUAACACUUAUAUCUAACGCGAUUUAAUUAAACGACGAUCGUCCCACAAUGCGCGAAAAUAGGUUGCCGUUUUAAAACAAUAUUUGUGUGGUAAGAAUUAUCACUGAUGAAAAUUUUAAUGAAUUCUCAUGUCAUUAUAAUGUACUUACAUACUAUAUAAACGAGCAUUACGGCUCUCAUA